CCUGGCACCACUGUCUCCUUACUUCUUCUUCUCCUCCUCCAUUUUUCUUGAAUCGAGCAGAUCCUUAAACCCUAGAGCCGUACCUGUAAAUAACACAACACCAUUCAGUUCUCUCUAUCGUAUCCAUUUCAUCAUCAUCUAUGCUUUGACACCAAUUAAAAAGGAAAGAAUGGUGCCUGUAAUUCUUUUGAUUUCAUUAAUUUUUUCUCUUACGAUCAGUGCCAAUUCGCAGUCGGGAGAGUCGAUAUAUGAGGUUUUACGUGCUCAUGGGCUGCCCAUGGGCCUGCUACCGAAGGGAGUGAAGGAGUUUAACGUCGUUGAUAAGGGGCGUUUCGAGGUGUACCUCGAUCAGGCUUGUAAUGCUAAGUUUGAAAGCCAGUUGCAUUACGAGAGGAACGUUUCGUUCAGUCUGAGCUACGGCCAGAUCGGGGCGCUAUCUGGUAUAACAGCGCAGGAGUUGUUCCUGUGGUUCCCGGUUAAGGGGAUUCGGGUCGAUAUACCCAGUUCAGGUCUCAUUUACUUUGAUGUGGGUGUCGUAUUUAAGCAGUUUUCUCUGUCCCUGUUUGAAUCGCCGAGAGAAUGUUUGGCAGUACCGGCUGUGGAUGUUAAGGGAAUUAGAGAUGGCAUGUUUUUGGUGGAGAAAGUGGCCAAGAGUCAAUCUGGUGAGCUUCGGUUUCAACUCGAUCAAGAAAGUUCUGUGAGAGAUGUUCUGUAGAUCAUGCAAGAAUAGAUGUGAAUUAUGAUUGCUCAAUGCGGGUUCUUCAUUUCUCCUUGUAAAUGCCAUCUGCUUUAAUGCGUUAGUUGGUCUUAUCCUUCCAAUGAGUAUUUUUGCUUUGAGUCUUUUCUGGUAAAUAGAGCCGAGGCUGCAGACUAGUUGACCAUGCUCUUGGCAAUUAUUGGCCAGCCAUUGUAUUGGAUUCGAAGGAGCGACGUGAGGCAACAUUAUAUGAUUAUCAACAUUCCCACCCGAGGAUAGGGUGAGACAUGAGUAUCCUGUCAAGAGAUAUCAGGUGAUAAAUAUGUGAAAAGACUGUUUCGUAUGUUAAAAUUUAUUGUAUUAUGUGUAUAAGUAUGGCUGCUCUAUUGAGUUGUUUUUUUUUGGAAGUGUAAGUUUUAAAUUUAUGAGAGAGGCUCAUACCUUCAUGAUAAUAAAAUUAAAAAAUAAUAAGAGCUUUUGCUUCAGUCUUUUAUGUGA